AUGGACGCUCAAGAUAUCGUAUCAAACAUCGCAUUCACGACCUCAGGGUCAUUGGUGGACUGCGUCGACAAGAAGAUGCUCGUCGUGCUGCGAGAUGGCAAGAAGCUCAUCGGUGUUCUCCGAUCAUAUGACCAGUUCGCCAACCUCGUAUUGCAAGACACAGUAGAGCGGGUCUUUGUCGGCAACCGAUACGGCGACAUCGCUCGAGGUGUCUUCCUCGUACGCGGUGAGAACGUGGUUUUGAUGGGCGAGAUCGAUCUGGACGCGGAAGACGAGAUCCCACCAUCCAUCGCAGCACCACUCCCACCUUCCGCCCUCCCUCAGCUCCUCGCAGCCAAGGAGGCAGAAGCAGAGUCCAAAGCAAAGAGCGAGACCAAGAAGGCCGACAUCCUUCGCAUAGCCAGAGGCUUCUGUGCGGACAAGAGUGGAGACGGCGACACGUACUAG